GGAGUGACGCGGCCAUAUUUGCCGGUGCUCCGCUGUAAACAAAAAGUGUCUGAGACGGACGCUCCGCUGAUUUUAGGGACAAUUUUAUUUCUCUCAUUUAUUAUCUCUUCAGGUAUGUCUUACAAACCCAAUCUCCAUCAACACCUUCCGGGAACUUCUGGGAACCAAGGAAACAUUCCCUCUCCGUCUUCAAUGGCAACGAUACAGUCAUACAAGCCAUUUCUAAAUGACUUUGGGCCGCCUUCGUUGGGAUUCCCACUGGUAGGUUUCAUGUUAUUAUAGUUAACUAACACUUAA